UAUGGAAGCGACACGCUUGAUCUGCAUGUAGUCUCAUAAGACGUGACUACAGUGCACUUGCCUCAUGGAAUCGAAUUGCAUCCUGAACCAAUCUAUUCAUCGGUUUUACAUCGCGGCCGUAGACCCUCGAUGGUCCCUACAAAGCGUUUCUCUUCUCGCAACUCGAAGCACAAGCCCGACUUCUUACCAUUACCCUAUUACAAGACAUUGUCUCGUAGGAGAAGGGUCCAUCGGAUGUCCAUUAACGUUCAAGGACACUUCCAUCCUUUUCUAUUCACUGUGAUGACACUCUGCGCCGCUGCAGAGCUCGGUCUGACUGCUUUUCUGAUAAGUGCAGGAAAUGCGAAUGGGACUUGGCCCAGUCCGAGAUAUCAUGCACUUUUGAUCAUGUUCGCAUUCAAUGCGUCCUGGACGCUACUAUUCUCAACAGCGUACAUGUUGUAUCUCUUUGAUGGAGCUACGCAUUUUCUUGCCAAUGUUGCUAGUUCGGUUAUUUGGGUUUUACUAACGGGCAUCCUCUGGGGAACUGCUACUGGAGUGAUGCACAAUACUAGGACUGGUACUGAUUGUCCAGAUGUCCCUCCAAUAUCCAGGUGCCGUCAGUCACUUACUGUUGAGGCCCUUGGAUGGACAGAAUUUGGACUUUGCACUGUGAAUGUCCUGGCGACUUGUGCAUGGGUCUACACUAGUAGUACAACGAGUCGCUCCCGAGUUUCUCUCGUCGGUGACUCCAGAAGAAUGGUUUAGGUCAUUGAUUGGUCUGAGCUUCGUUUAAUUUAAAAAUAAUUGGACUCUAUAAUGGACUCUGUAAUGGUACUGCGUCUUUCAGUAUACAUGGAUAGACACAGGAACCAAAUACUCAUCGUCUGUAUGUAGAUCAACGGAUUCUCGGGUCCCGGCAGGCCUAGAGUGAACGCAAUCACUCCUGACUGCUACGGGCCUCACAUAAUUCUUCUCCUCUCU